AUGGCGAGCUUGCGGGGCACCGAUUCCGUCUUCCUUCCGAGAUCAUGGUUGAGAUUCUUUCAAGGCUACCAGUCAAGUCAUUAUGCCGCUUCAGAUAAUCCUUAUGGUUCAGUAACAGCCACCGAGCUCCAUUUUGUUCGGAAAGAAUUUGAUCCAGAGCAACAACAUAAACCUCCUUGGCUUCCUUUCAUCUACUUCUGUAAUAACUUCUUGUUGUGCUAUACCAAGAAAGGGAUUUAUUUGGUUAACCCUGCAACCAGGCAGAUGAAGAAAGUACCCAAGACACCGACGUGGAGACCUAGCCCUGCUAUCAGGAUGCGCGCUUCCUUGAGCAUAUGUGGACUUGGAUUUGAUUACUCGACCAAUGAGUAUAAGGUGGUUGACGGGCAGAUGUACUGUGACAUGAGAAUCGUAUUCAGUGUCUAUAGAUUGAAAACUGAUUCUUGGCGACAGAUAGAGUACCACACUCAAUACUGUCCUGAUUAUCAUCAAGGGAUUUCUUUCAAUGGAGCUAUUCAUUGGUCAGCGGGGAAAGCUUUUGGAGUUGACAAUAGAUCAGUGAUUCUAACUUUUUUAUUAGCCGAGGAGGAGUUUUGCGAAAUUCAACUCCCACCCAUCGCUGAUACUUGUUCAACAAUACUGGGAGUAUUUAGAGAUUGCUUAUGA